UUCCACUCCUACCUCCCGUCCUCUCCUCUCAUACGUGCUGCUGGUAACAAAGGAGACAACAGGGGGGCGAUGGGUGCUCAGACAACACUGUCAGAGGAACAAAAAGGAACCGAACUGGUUUGCUUUUAUAUUCUGGAUCAUUUUUCUUAACAGUCUAUUUAACGUCAGUGUUUUUAAAGUAGCGUACACUAGCGGAGCUGCGCCCCGGACCGAUUUGAACCUAAAGCGUGUUUUCUGGCCAAAGCUAACCAUGUUGAAUUGCCAACUCUAGCGCCGAAUCACAGGAGAAGGAUUCAGAAAUAUGCCUGCUUAACAUUGGUGACAUGCUCUCUUUGACCUGACUUGUCAGUAUCUGGGUGUAAACACCAGCUACCAUGUCUGUCCAGGAAGCAUCCCAACGGCCGCUGUCGCCUAAACCCCUCAAACCUGAGCCCAAACCGAGACUAGAGAUCCCUCCCAAACCGACACCUCAAACCAGCUCGCCUCUUCAGGGAGACAGUGGCAUCAGCACGAGGCUUUCUGAAGGAAAGGUCAAGAGGAUUGUGAGCAAGUUUAGCAUAAAUGAUUUGAAUGAACCGGGGGAACAACAGCCCACCAAUGGUAACGCAGAUCUCAGGUCAAUUAAACGGGUCAAAAGGCCGCCUACGGUACGGCCCAAACCAAACCGUGCCAAUCUGCAGCUUCAAGUUAGCGGAGAGAAGGCGCCUCCGCUGCCUGUUAAGAAGAGCCGCACCCUUCAGAAGCAGAAGGGUUGGAGUGCAGAGGAUGGGGACACCAUCAGUGUGGAAGGAGGUCGAUCAGCGCCUGAUGGAAAAGAGGUGGAGAUCCAGUGUAUUAGAGGAGGUGAAGCGGAGGCGGAGCACAGUCCUCACACCCCUCUCAGUCCAUGUUGCAACCCGAGCUGCAGCUGUGUGUGCCACCUCCAGUUGCCUGGCAUGAAACUAAUAUGGGUGCCUGUGGAGAGGAAUGAUGGUGGGGAGGAGCACAGUGUUGGAGACGACGAUGAGACGGAUGUGGAAGAGCAGAGAUGGGAGGAUGAGGAGGUAGAGAGUGGAGGGGAGAGGGACAGCGAGGCCGAGGAUGAGGUGGACAGGACGUCUGUGGUUGACGAGAGUGAAGUGUUGAAACAAGAAAAGUCAAAGUUCCAACAAUGUUUGGAGGUUUUGCUCGGUGAUGGUAGCAGGAGGCUUUCAGACCCAGGCCCUCACUCUGUUUUCACCUCUCUCGCUGUCACUCGCUCUCAGUCUCCCCCUGUCCCCCCAAAACGGGCUCAGUCAUCACAAACCCACCACUUAUCCACCCAAAGCGAAGAAGAAAAUAUAUACGAGGACACCCUUCCAGUGGUUUACCCCACUCCUAAAAACUCCAACACGUGUAAGGAACUGGAUAUUCCAUUAAUCCGAGUGCGCAAACCAGCCCGCCGGUCUAAACUGUUCUACAGCACCUCAGACCAGACGUCCGAGUUCCUGACAAACACAGAACCCAUCUUGAACCCAGACAGUGGGCCGCCUGCCAUCCCGCCGAGGAUUCCUGUGGGUCAUUCCCGGGGCGGCGUUUCUCUCCCGCAGCCAAAACUGGAGGAGUGGCGCACCUUGCGGCCCUCAUGCACCAGCAGCUCCACUGCCAGCGGGCCGAGCACCCAGAGGGACAUCACUCCGACCCCACUCAGCCCUCACAGACCCCCACCUCCACCACCAAAGACGGAUCCCGGGAGGCUUAGUAGUUCCUCACUGCAAUCCCUUACACAGAAAAAAGAAGGAGAGGAGACGGAAGGGAAUGAAGAGAAAGAUAAAACAUUCAAAGAAGUGACUCUAGUCAGAAGCGGCUCCCUCAGGAGGGAGUCUUCGUUCAGCUGGGAGUCCCGGCUGCAGGAUGAGCCUUUGUACCAGACGUACCGUGCCACUGUCAUCACCAAGGAGAUCCGACGCCAGACAGUUUGUCGCAACAUCAGUAAAACUAGUGUGGACUACGCUAUGGACUGGACAACCCGUCGCUCUGGGGCUGGGGCUGGGACAGGGACUGAAAACGGAGCACCCAUAGGUUGUCCUGCACCUGCACCGGGCCAGAGCACCCUGUGGCAGGACCUUCCAGCUGUCCGGGAGGCAGGGGUGCUGGAGCAGCUCACCCCUGAGCAGUGCAAGUACCAGGAGAGUAUGUUUGAGGUUUUGACAUCUGAGGCUUCUUACCUUCGAUCCCUGCGUAUUUUGACCGAACACUUCAUGGACAGCCGGGAGCUGGAGGAAACAAUGAUCAUCAGAGAGAAGAAAACCCUCUUCUCCAACAUCCUGAGGGUCCGAGAGGUCAGCGAGAGGUUCUUGAAGGACCUGGAGGAUCGCAUAUUCAAGGACCUGGUCUUUCCUGACAUCUGUGACAUUAUCCACUACCACGCCCAGCACAACUUCCCAGCCUACAUCGACUACAUCCGCAACCAGAUCUAUCAGGAGAAGACCUACACCUUUCUCUUGAAAAACAAAGUGCAGUUUGCUACGGUCAUUGCUCGUCUCCAAGAGUCGCCUCAAUGCCAGCGGCUGCCCUUCACGUCCUUCUUGCUGUUGCCCUUCCAGCGAAUAACCCGCAUCAAAAUGCUCAUUGAAAACAUCCUGAAGAGAACAAAGGAGAGGACGAAAGAGGAGCUGACAGCCUCCAAGGCUUUGGCUUCUGUGUCGAAGAUCAUUGACGAGUGUAACACACAGGUGGAAAAGAUGAGUCGGAUGGAAGAGUUGAUCCUUGUCUCUCAAACACUGGAGUUUGACAAGCUCAAGGCCAUCCCAAUCAUCUCUCAGACACGAUACUUGGAGAAGAAGGGAGAGCUGCAGGAAAUGUCCAAAGGAGGAACCAUUUUCAACAUGAGGGCAAAGUUCACCCCCGUCUACCUCUUCCUCUUCAAUGAUCUGCUGAUCAUCACUGUCAAGAAAGGUGCGGAGCGUUUUGUGGUACUCGACCAUGCCCAUCGCUCUUUGGUGCAGGUGCAGCCAAUAGAGGAAGGUGGGGGCAGCAGCGGGCCCUGCGAGCACUGCUUCAACCUCACCCUGCUGGAGAACCACCAGGGACGCAUGAUGGAGAGGAUAUUUAAAGCUCCUUCCCAGUCAGAUAUGCACAGGUGGAUGGCGGCUUUCCCUAACCCCACCAACCCAGACAGAACUGAAGAUGAAGUGAUUUAUGAAGACUGGGAUUGUCCUCAGGUGCAGUGUGUGGAGCAGUACAUUGCACAGCAGGCAGACGAACUCACCCUGGAACCCACUGAGAUCAUCAACGUCAUACGCAAAACCAAUGAGGGCUGUUAUGAAGGCAUCCGCCUGUCUGACGGUCAGAAGGGCUGGUUCCCCGUAGGAAACGUCAUAGAGAUCACCAACGAGCAUGUGAGGCGGCGAAACCUCAGAGAGCGCUACAGAGUCAUUCAGGCUGCAAGCAUGGUCACCACCAACAAGGCCAACACCCUUCAUUAGGAUCAAUGGAUCAAGGAUGUUUACAAGAUUUCUUUUUUUUUUUAAAGACAAUGAAUGGAUACAAUAUCUUCAGAAAUAAACUCUGUACAAAGACUAUUCAAGGACUUUGAGAUGAAGUGUGAGUUUCUAACAACCAGGAAAUGAAAGAUAAAAGGAGAAGGGUGAAGAUCAUGAGACAUAACGUGCAAUCAUCAUACUUGAAUACGCAAGUGUGCAGCUGGGAGCUUGCGGUAGAUCAUUACGACUGACACUAGGAAUGUGCAUGCAUUCAAUAACAGAUCAACAUCUUUGAGCAUUACAGCUGUAGAGUUUACCUAUUGUGAGCAUGCAGCCCUUAAUUAACACCUCUGCAAAAUCUGAAGUGGCACAUUUGAAAUGCCAGUCAUUCCAGCUAUUGUUCUACCAGAUUGUCCAAUACAUGCCUGCUGCAAAGAAAAGAGUUAGGUGUUCCUACAGAUGCCUGGUGUUAUAGUCACAUGAUCACAAGUUAAAUACUUUUCUUCCUGCCAUGCACAACAGCCUAUCUUGUUACUAAAGGUGGCCAAAAUACAGGAUAACAUGUUUAUGAUACAAGAAUCUUGUAAAAAAAAACACACUUACAGAAAUCCAACAGUGUUAACAUUUAAAAAGAACGGAACGGAAUCAGGAAGUGCCUUUGAAUAAAGUCAGAAUUACACACCAGGCCUUCAGUCAGGAUCAUAUCAAGCCCAAGAGUUUUGAAAAGGCAUGCAAAUGGGUGCUGAGCUGUACUGCCAUUAAGAUGCUGUCCACUAGCUUGUUCGCUUGUGUCAGUAGCCAUUGUGGAAUUAUACUGUAGCUCCCCCUGCAGCUCGUCAGUAAAGAUGGGAUCUCAUUUGUGGAUAUGCUGUAAAUUUACUAUGUUAUAAAUAAUGAGUGGGGAGGAUUUUCUUUCAAAAACUGUGCGUAGUGCUUUUAAUAAAAACCUGUCUUUUUA